AUGGUUCUCCUUGGGGACACAGCACAGUGGCUGGUGCGUUUGAUCAGGAGGCUCAUUCUCACAACUUGGCUCAUGCAGUCGGUCAUCAAUGCCCAAAUGAUCAGCUGCUGUGCAGUGGCAGUGUGCCAGCAUCUAACUGUGCUAAUUGAGGUUGAAUGGAAUGGCUGGGCUGUAAAAGAGCCUGAAUUCUGGGGUCAGAAUGAUCUGGAUUCCGAUCCCAAAUCUGCCAUACACCGGCGGUGUGACCCUGGGUCACUCACAGCCUCUGGAGCCCCAGAGUGCUCUUGGGUGACAAGAUUGUAUCUCAUAGAGUUUCUGCAGGUCUCCGUGAGCCGGAGUUCACAUCAUGCUUGGGGCUGCAGGGAGCUCGAGGAGGAUAGGAGACCGGGAGAUCAGCUGGGCACCCCAGCAGGGCUCGCUAUCCACUGUGGAAUCCAUGGGGAAGCUGUCCUGGGGUCCAGUCGGCGUCCCCUAGGGCGACAAGCGCGAAAGGAGAGUUGGGAGUUGGCUCAGAUACUGCGGGGAGGGGAAGUUGGCCUCUGCAAGGAUUUUCGUGGGAGGGUGCCCUCAAGGGCACCACGACGCGCGGACAGCGAGGACGUGACCCGUCGAAGGGAGCACGAGCCCGAAAGUGACCCAGCCCAGUCGCUGCGCUCAGAGAGCGCCUCCGCCACCGCAGCAGCGGAGCUUCCCGGAGCCCAGGGGCCGGCGCUGGGGGCGGGGCCUUCGAGCGUCCGGCCAAUCGGCGCCGCGGAUGCGCGGUCACGUGGCUUCCGCCGGGCCGCGCUCUUCCGCCUUGGGCCUUGCGGCUCCCCGGACGGGGCGACAGGGCUCUACCCGCGCGAGGGCCUGGGCGUGGCCGUCCUGGCUUUAUCCUGCCGCCUCCAGUCGGCCGGGGGCCCAGACGUGCCCUCGCCGGGGCGGGAGAGGUGGCUGCGCUACCGGGCGGCCGCGGGAGCCCCCGAAGCUGCGAUUCCCCGGCUCCUCAGCGUCUUCCCAUUCCGCUCCCUGGAAACCUGGAGGCCCGAGAGAACGUUCCAGCAGGAACUCAGGGGAAGCAAAGCCAAGCCACAGUCAGAAAAUAAUGAGAACAUCAUUAAGUCAAAGGAAAACAAGAUAACAAAUCAACUAUCCAUGGCUCCAAAGAAGAGAAUUUCAAAGAAAGGCCCAGUUGGGAGUGCAGAUGCUGCAGAAGGAGUGCUGGUCAUUAAUCAUCUGAGGAAGAGAUCUGACCUUCUUUCCUCACCAUUCUGGAAAAAAGCCAUCUACAAGCCAGCCCUGCAGACACCUUGAUCUUGGACUUCUAGCCUCCAGAACUGUGAGAGAAUAAAUUUCUGUUGUUUAAGCCACCCA